AUGGCUGAAAAAGGAGAAGAAAGUACUGAGAACAGAUAUGCUUCAAUGGUCAAAGAAAAUGGAGAAAUCCAAACAACUGUCUCUCCGAAAUCAGGACACUUAAUAAAAGAAAAUGGAGAAAAUGCGGGUAAAGAUCAUGAAGAUGGUGUCAUAGUAAAUUCUUCUGCACCUAAAAUGGAAACAAAAAAGUCUGAUAAAGCUCAGCAUUGCUUGAGUAGCAGUAAACAUAAAAUAACUGCAAAGGCCACAACGUCGUCUACUGAAUCAUCUCAUGAGAUAGACUUAAAACAUACGCUUGGUUUAGCUGGAACAAAAGUUAAAAGGACGUAUUCACUAGAUUCAUUAUUAUCAUCUAGUAAUAGGACCAGUGAGAUACUAACCAAUUCUACUUCCCAGUUUACCAGUUCCCGUGAAAUGAGUUCUGCAAAUGAUUUGGCUGGAAAAGAAGUUGGACUGGUGGGAGAAGCAGAACUUCUGCUUCAGGCAGAGCAAAAUGCCACUUCUAACUUUGAAAAAGAUAAUCAUUGUAGUAUAGCAGCUAGUAAGGAGCCCACAAAAGAAACGCAGGAUGAUUGUUUACAUUCACCCAAAUCAAAAAAUAAGACAGUUAAUGAAGAACUACAAGUUAGUAAGGGAGAACAUUGCUAUAAUCAUCAAAUAGGUAGUCACUCACAGCUAACAUCAGAUGUCCAGAUGCUUCAUUCCAGUACCACUACGUUUCAGCAGCAAGCAGAUCAGCAUACAGGUAGUGCAAAUAAAGAGAGUGAUCCAAGAAAAAGUGAUACACAGAAAAUUGUGGCAGCUAUAGGAAGAGAGCAAAAUCCACAGAACUUUCUUGCUACUACUUUUUUACCUUUUAAUGAACAAAUAACCACUUCGUUUAGCAUGGAGUCCAGAGGAGAAAAAUGCAUAGCUGCAGGUAAUCUAACUGCUUCAGUGUCAUCUACUAAAAACUAUGAAUAUCUAAUCAUGGGCAGAGAGACUUGUAACAAAGAACUGAGUGAGUUAGGGAAACCAAUAUGUGUACAAAAUGAUGACCAGUUAAUCCUUGUGGAGAACUCCAAGGAUACUGCCACACCACAGACUGGUUUACCUUGUCUGGAAACUGAGAGUGUGGAAACAACAGAGAUUUUACCUGAGGUUGCAGUGGAAAACCUUGCCGAUGUGUUGUCAUGCAUACAUGAGUGCGAGAGCGUGAAAUCUGACUUCGAUGAGCUGACAGCACCUCUCUCUGUUACUUACAAGUCUGCUUUUGAAACUGGAGGCUGUUGCUCAGCUUCUCUUCAUCCUAGUUGCAAGACCAAAAAUAAAACUAUAGGGAAAAGAGAAGUCGGUUUACAAGAUGUGAGAGAGAGUGUUUCUCAUCCUGAUCUUGAAUGUGAGAAGAACAAAUGCUUUGAGCCUGUAGAAGUGAGCCUCUCGGAAAGCUCAGUUCCUGCCCACAACUGCGGUCCUGUUUCCCUUGAAACUGUGCAAGAUAUUCCAGGCAAGGCAUUAGAUACACUCACAGAAGGUAACACAGCAAAGCCUGCACCUUGCCCUUUAAUCAACAUUGACAGGACAGAUGAUCAUACUCCUACUGCUUCUAAAAUCGACAAGGCUGGUAUGACUAAGGUUGCUCUUGUUCCUUCUGAGUGUCAGGAUUGUGUCUCUGAACUUUCCUCUCAUAUUUCUAAGUCAGAAGAAAACAUUCUGGAUUUUUCUCAUCCUGCCUUGAGAUGUGGAGAAGGACCUUUGACCAACCAUUCUGCCUUCAUCUUUGAAAAAGAUGUUGAUGUAGACAUAAUUUCUGAAUCUCCACCUGUUCCUGAAGAUAAACAUAUUAAUUCUUCCAAGAAGAAAAACGGUAAUAAGCCUAGGAUAUCACCCACGGCACUUGGUUCUUCAUCUGACAACCAAGGAAAAAUGCCUUUUCCUGCCGCUAACUCUGAAAACGGCCAGAUUGCUAGAUGGUCAUCUGCUUCUGAACACGACAGCUUUAUUUUUCCAGCUACUGAGUUUAGAAGAAUAAUCCCUGAGGACAGCAUGACCAAGGUGCCACUUUGCUUAGCAGACCCGAGAGCUUCAUGCCCAGCUGGUUCUCUGGAACCUGAGCUUAUUCCAACUAUGCUUGAUCAUUCUGCUGCAGGAGUAGAUAUAGGGGGUGUUUGCAUCCCCGGGCCCUCUUCACCUAGUCUGGGAUCCGGAGAAGCCUCCAACCUUUCUGCCUUGGAAACAUUGAGCAUUGUUCAGGGGAACAGUAAUUCCUCCAGUCACAGAGCUGGUGAUGGGGCAGAGGAAGUCUCUUCACAACAGGAUGACAGCGGUGUCUUGGCAGAGGCAAUGCUGUCACCCAUCUGUCCUUGGAAAUCUUUGGAAACAACAUCCGAGGCAGCCUGUACUGACAGCGUGUGCAGAAAUGCUGUGGAGCAGGUGAAUCAUCGUAACCAUACUUCUGCUAUCUCAGAAGCCCCUUCUGCGACAGAUGAUCGAACAGCUGCUGCAUCUGCAGAGUCAAAUGAGCUCUGUUCUGAGGAGGUAUGGGAAGAUACCAAUGUGGAGGGACAAGAACAUGCUAAAUUCCAAGAUGCUGCUGUUUUGUUUAAAAAAGCUGAGGAAAUAGUGGACUCAGUUUUACAUUUGGCUGUAGAAGAAAUAAUAGCAAAACAAGUCAUUGGUGUCUGCCAGCUUUGUGGGAGCAAGGAUGGUUUAAUAAAUACAGAUAUUCUGAAUGACCAGAAAGCUGGAACAGUACAGCUGGAAGCAGAAGAAAUCCAGUCAGCUGUGCAAUCAUUAAAACAUUUUAAUGAGAGCAGUGGAGGAGACUCGUCUUCAUUUACAGGAAAUGAAACAGUGGAUACAAAUAAUCACGAUGAAAAGAUACUCUCUUACAUCCCUGAUAAAAUUGACCUACAUAGUGCACUAGCACUAAAAGCGAAAGAAAUAAUUGAUGAAGUCAUUAACUCAGCCAAACAAAAACUGGCAUCCAAUCAGUGGCAAGGCAGUGAGGGUAAAAGGCCUUCUGAAAAAGUUGAGUCUAAACCCAAGGCUGAAACUCCAGAGAUUUUAAGCCUGGAUAUGAAGUUACCUACCAAAACACGUGAACCAACACAGAACGCGGAAGCUGGGAAUGUAGCUGUAAACUGUGAAAAGGCAGAUUGCUCAGAUCCUCCUUUACUUCCAGAUAGUGUGGAAAAUGGCAUAGAUUGGCCCCACAGAGGUGAAAAGAUACCAGAUAAUGCAUUUACAUGUCAAACAACUGUUUUUCUGCCCUCUGGUAAUUCAGCAAGGCCGGAGUCAGAUCUAAUGGCAUCAGCCAGAGAGAGAGACAAUAGAAAGGUGUGUGAACAUCUGGCUGCAGCAGAGAUGCGUGGCAAAGCUGGAGUAUCAGCAAUGAGCAGAAAAUCUGAUGGAUCUUUACAUUUAAUACACAGAGAUGCUACAGUGACUGAAGAGAUGCUUCUGUCAUUGCAGUUUAAAGAUUCAUGCAAUAAUACAAAUAUGCCAGAGUGCACACUGCUGCCAACUGUAAAUGUUAAUUUGUCAUCUUUUAUGCCUGAUGAAGAAUGUAUCAGCAUGCAGAGUGAAUCCAAAGACAAAAGCAGUCUUCGGGGUUCUCUGGAAAGCAGUGCAGAGGACAGUCUAUAUGAACACUGCGGAAGGGAGGCUGCAGAAGAAGUACCUGCACAAGUAAAAGGAACCUUAGGAGAUUCAAAGGCAGUGCAGAGUAAAGGGGAACUAGCAGAAGGGGCAAGUGAGAUAGCAGAGCUUAAUACUGGGUUAGAUACACAGUUCGCUGUACCUCAAUUGUCUGUAAUUGGAGAGGACAGUGAAGAGAAAAACUGCUUCAAUGCAGCUUUUGCCCAAAAUAAUGAGAAUCCGAAGGAGUUACAAAUGAAGGAUGAAGACACAGAGAGAAAUUAUCAGCUUGAAGAAAAUGGUCUGGACUAUAGCGAUGACAUGAAGGAAUCGACAGAUCUUUUGGCCUUUUCUCCACUAAUUGAACAGUGGGAAAACAAUUCUUUUACUAUAAUUUAUGAAGGUGCCCUUCAAACGGAGAACAAAUCUGUCUCAACUGAUGAUAUGCAAACUGGUUCACUUUCUUCUGUUCUGCCUUCGGAUAACAUAGAUCAUCUAAUGUGUGAAAGAGCAAAGAAUAAACAUGAGCCAGGCUGUCUUUAUGGGAAGGAUAACAAGGUGAAUGAAGCAACAGAUAGCCGUAGCUCAGAGUCAUUUCUGAGUGUGGAGGCCAAGCGCUGUAGAGUAUAUCCUUUCUCUUUGUCUCCCAUAUACGAAGACGACAGCUCCCAAGAAGACCUGCUUUCCACAGGCGUGUCGCCAGAAGGCCGUCCUAGUGGAAUAUCCAAAGAUAACACUGACCACGCUUCUGUGCUGUCCCUUCUCCAGUCAGUUUCUGAGCGCUUACAGUUUACUACUCGGUUCAAAGAAUUUGACUCUAAGGAGCAACCAGAACUGUUUCCGGAGGCGGCUUCUCCCAGUCAAACACCUGGUAAGCCAGUUUCACAGAAAGCUGAUGGUGCUCUAAAGCGUCCUCCUACAAGUGUGUACUACCAGUAUUUGAAAUCUGCCAGCAAUUGCUCCUCUGAGAAGGGGACCAGGUUUGGAAGCAUUUUCCAGGAUAUGCUGCAGCCAAAGCUUCAUUGGUCUCAAGACAACACCAUGCCAAAACUGGGAGAAUUGUCAGCGAACCUCAUUGACAGAGCAAGCCUCAAGUACAAUCCAAGACCAGGAAAGAUUAUUAUUUAUGAUAUUUAUGGCGACAAAAGUAAACAAGAAGUUCAUUCUGAUGUGCUAGAUACCAUGUCCUGGAUCUUUCCCAUUGGAGCAUUACUUAGGAUAAUUAGAGGAUGUUGGAUUUUUUAUGAGAAACCAAAGUUCCAGGGUCGAAAAUACGUACUAGAAGAAGGAGAGACUGUGCUGGAUCACCUUUGGGAUCUUCCCGGCGUGAAACAUCGUCGAAGAAACCUCACAGUUGGUUCAAUCAAACAUGUAACAAAGGACUGUGGCGUUCCAGAGGUGGAGUUCUGCCUGGCAGCUGGUGGUACGGAGGGACUUCCUAUCUGCAUACAGAGUGCAGUUGCCAAUUUGGAAGAACUGGAUGUUGAGAAAAACCCUUAUAUAAGUGUCAAAUCAGGAGUAUGGCUUGCUUAUUCAGACUUUAAUUACAAGGGAGAGAUGAAGGUUUUGGAAGAAUGCGAUUCACCAUCUGAAAUUCCUUCAGCAGAUGUGAAAUCUCUGCGUCCCUUAAAAAUGGGUGGACUAAAGGUACAAAUGCCAAUGAAUGUCAAGGUGGUAAUAUAUGAGAAAACUCACUUUGGAGGAUGGUCCAAAGAGUUUUCAGAAAACAUCAGUUCUGUCCCAGCUCUGUUGGGGAGUGAAGAGGAGGUUCAGGAAGUUGGAUCAAUACGUGUAAUUGGUGGAGUAUGGGUUGCCUAUGAUAAGGAACGCUACAAAGGCCAUCAGUACUUGCUGGAGGAGGGAGAUUAUGAAGACAGACGUGCAUGGGGGGGAACUAAUAGUGUCCUCCUGUCUUUCCGGUUCCUUCAGGCUGAUUUUAUAGAGUCAUCAGUGGCGCUCUUUCAAUCUGAUGAUGAAGAUGGGAAAGCAUUAGACAUCGUCAAUGAAGAAAUCCCUGAUUUGGAACUGGCUGGAUUUGGCCCAGAGACGAGAUCGAUUCUUGUGAAAAGUGGAGUGUGGGUUGCAUAUCAGCAGAAAUAUUUCUGUGGAGAACAAUAUGUAUUGGAGAAAGGAAAAUAUAAAUGUUUCUUUGACUGGGGAGGAACUAGUAAAAUCAUCAUGUCAAUUCGACCUAUUAAGUUGGAACCGCUUGGAACGAAUGAGCCUCCACAUUUGCUCAAAGCUUUCAGUAAUACACAUUUCCAAGGAGCAUGUAUAGAUUUCACAGCAGAAGUUUCUGAUUUUACAUCAUUCAUACCAUGUUCUUUUAAGGUUCUUCGGGGAUGUUGGCUCCUGUAUUACCAAGGGGAAAUCACUGACAAUCACUGUGUGCUGGAAGAAGGCCUCUAUGUUGACCUCAGUUCCUGUGGCUGCCCGACUGCUACAAUCAAAUCCCUCAAGCCUAUUCAAUAUGUUUUUGCCGAGCCCUCCAUCAGUCUGUUUGCUCUGGAAUGCUGCAAGGGCAGAGAGCUGCACUUCAAUGAACCUGUCAAUUCUAUUUUGAAUGAGGACCUUCAUUUUUACACUCAGUCUGUAUGGGUUAGAAGUGGAUUGUGGAUUGCAUACGAGGGAUGUAAUUUUUUAGGAAAGCAGAUUCUGCUGGAACCCGGUGAGAUUUCAAACUGGAAUGAACACAGUGGCUGGAAAGCAAUUGGCUCCCUUCGUCCUAUGAAGCAGCCAGCAGUGUACCUCAGAGUGAAGAACCGAGCCCAAGGUAAAUAUUUGACAGUCGCUGGAAGCCUGGCAGAUAUAAGAGCAACAUCAGUGUGUGCGUCCCCAUACAAUGGCAAGAAUACCCAGAUCUGGCACUACUGUCGUGGACUCUUCAAAUCCAAGGCUAACAAUGCCUGUCUGGAUGUCAUUGGUGGCAGAGAUGUGCCUGGGGCCAAAGUCGCGCUCUGGGCAGAACAUGGGAAGGACAGGCAGAAGUGGAGGCUCAAUGAGGAUGGAACCAUCAGUUCAUACCUCAGCGACCAACUGGUGCUUGAUAUUAAAGGAGGAAAUUAUUAUGACAAGAACCACAUCAUCAUGAAUCAGCCGAUAGAUGACAAACAUUCACAAAAAUGGGAUAUUGAAAUAUUGUGAGUAAAACCCACCACACAGAUGGACCUUGUGUGGGUUAUUAACACCU